UCACUCUAGACCGUUUACUUAUCGCACGGGCCCUGUCGGUACCUUCACAAAUUUAUUUGGACCUUGAGCAUCGCGCUAUCGUCUUCUAUCUCGGAGUUCGAAGUUUUCUUGUCCAUCGAGCCUCUAAGUUCGACGCGCUCUCUCUAUGCUAUGGCGGCCACCGGAGAUCAGCUCCCGGGCUGCAUUAUACCCAAACAAUGCAUGCUCCAAGUACCAGGCUUUCUUCGUGGAGACUCAGGCUGCGGAACUGAUCUGGUGUGCAUCUGCAACAUUGACAAUCACUUCGGCACCAAUUGCGUCUUCUCUCACGCGUGCUUGCUGAAGGCGUGUACCCAAGAACAGGACCGAAAAUCCUUCCUGGUGAACUGGUUCGACUCAUGUCGUGAGGCUGGCACGUCGGGCGGAGACAACAUCCCGCCAGAGUGGGAACCGUAUCGCCCGGCCGAAGGAGCAGUUCCGUCAAGAGUAGUACCCAAGCCUAUGCCCAGCACACAAGCAUCCUCGACACUGGUUGCCACAUCGACUGCUGCGGCUGCGACUUCACUGGCUGUACCUUCAUUGCUCACCCUGCUCACCACCACCAGCACCACCAGCACUAGCCUCAGCCUCGCACCAACUGCCUCCAGCCGCACUGCUUCCAGCAGUACAAGCGCCAGCUUUGACCUCACACCAGCUACCGCGAGCCGUACUAUUCCGUCCAGCCCAGAAGUCACAAGUACGCCAGCGCAACCCAUUAUCACCACCUCCAAGACUCUGAGCCCUGGCGCAAUUGGUGGCAUAGUCGCUGGUAUUCUCAUCCUGGUGCUUCUCUGUGCCGGUUUGGGCUACUUCUACUGGAAGGCAAGCAAGAAAGUCAGAGAGAAGAACAGAGAGGUCGCUAUCCUCAACGAUCGGAUUAGCGGUCAUGGAUUUCAGAGCUACAUUGACGAGCUUCUUGCCGACAGCAACAGCGCAAGUGGUACAGUCUCGCGGGAUAAUUGAGAAGCCAGUCGAGCUCGGUGUACAGCACGGAUAUUGCUAGAGCAUUCUGAAUAUGUUCUUCUUGUGGAGGAUGAGACACAACAAAGAGAG